AUGGUGAAGAAGACAGUCAUUGUGGCGAUGAUGAUGCUGGUGGUGGCAGCCGUCGCCACCUUCGUAGGCGUGUUCUUCGGUGUCGGGAAAAGGAAACCUCCAAAUGAAUACUUUAAGGCAGCUGUGGCAGCAGACGCUGGGCUGUGUUCAGAGGUCGGCAGAGACAUCCUGAUCAAAGGUGGUUCUGCAGUAGAUGCAGCCAUCGCUGCUAUGCUGUGCACUGGACUGGUGAAUGCUCACAGUAUGGGAAUUGGAGGAGGGCUGUUCCUCACGAUCUACAAUGCAACGACUGGAAAAGUUGAGACCAUUGAUGCCAGGGAAACUGCGCCUCGCAAUGCAACCCAGGACAUGUUUGGAAACAGCACAGAUUUAUCCCAGACAGGAGGGUUGGCUAUUGCGGUACCAGGAGAAAUUCGAGGUUAUGAGAUGGCUCAUCGACGACACGGUAAACUGCCCUGGAAAGACUUGUUUCAACCCAGCAUUGAUCUUGCUGAGAAAGGUUUUCCUUUGGGAAGGGCACUGGCCACUGCAUUGAAAAGGCACAAAAAAACCAUCAUCAAGAACCCAGCCCUGUGUGAAGUAUUUUGCGGGGAAGAUGGUGAUGUUCGAAAAGAAAAUCAGACCAUCAAGUUUCCAAAGCUUGCAGAAACCUACAGGAAAAUAGCAACGGAGGGUCCGAAUGUAUUUUACGAAGGACAACUAGCACAGAACCUUGUGGCAGAUAUAGCAGCUGCAGGUGGAAUCAUCACAAUGCAGGAUCUCCAGGAGUAUGUGGCGAUCUUGGAUGAGGAGCCACUGAGGGUAAAUGUGGGGGAGUACACCAUGGUGGCUCCCACCGCCCCCGCCAGUGGGCCGGUGCUCUCACUCAUACUAAACAUCCUGAAAGGAUAUAACUUCACCUCAGGCAGUUUGGAAAGCACUGAGAAUAAGGUCCUGACCUACCAUCGCAUUGUGGAGGCCUUUCGAUUCGCUUAUGCAAAAAGGACACUUCUGGGAGAUCCAAAGUUUCUGAACAUCAGUGAUUUGAUUCAGAAUAUGACAUCUGACGUCUAUGCCGAUGCCCUCCGUGAGAAGAUAACAGAUGACACCACACAUGACACAAACUACUAUGAGCCUCAAUUUAUUCUGCCUGAAAACCACGGGACGACACACAUCUCUGUAGUAGCAGAGGACGGAAGCGCAGUGGCAGCCACCAGCACCAUCAACCAUUAUUUGGGCUCCAAAGUCAUGUCUAAUUCAACAGGGAUUCUACUCAACAAUGAAAUGGACGACUUCAGCUCCCCACUCUUCGACAAUGGCUUUGACUUACCUCCUUCACCAAACAACUUCAUUAAACCAGGUAAAAGGCCGACAUCCUCUAUGUGUCCUACCAUUCUGUUUGACAAAAACAACAAAGUUAAAAUGGUGGUCGGAGGCUCAGGAGGAUCUAAAAUUACUACCUCAGUUGCUCAGGUGAUUCUCAAUGUUCUGAACUUUGACUACGAUGUGAACAAAGCUGUGUCAGACCCUCGACUCCACAACCAGCUCGAACCUAACGCUACUGAGGGAGAGCCUGGCAUUGACAAAACUGUCAUGGCUGGUUUGGCGUUAAAGAACCAUACGACAAAGUUCCGUGACUCUUGGGGGGCUGUAGUUCAGGCCGUGGUUCGUUAUGAGGAUGGUCUUCGUGCUCAGUCGGACCAUCGGAAGUGGGCGUAUGCUGCAGGUUACUGAGGUUACAACUACGCCUGUGAUGUCACCUCCAGACUGACGCUUCCUAAGGUCAUAACUCGUAACUACACCUGUGCUCAAACCCACGAGGACCUUGACACCAGCGGUAGAAGAACAAAUGAUUAACUUGAUAAAGAACCAGAGACCGAUGUUCACUGUUCUGUGUUCUUUAAAUAUAUUAAACAAACAAACAAACCAACCAUUCUUUGUUCUGACCUUGA